GAUGAAAAUUUGGGUUUAUUAUUUGUAAAAAUGUAACAAAUGUGAUAUUUCCUUGCUCGUGAACAUAAAUAAUCAUGGCCAGUGAUAUAGAUGAUAACAUCGAGGCGUUGGUGUGCCGCAUCUGUACGAUUGACUGCAGCCAGCUGCAGUACGUUUCCAUUUAUGAGAGAAGCGAUGAUAAAUCGCUAGCCGAAAUGAUUGCCUUCUGCGGUCAGAUUGUGCACGCAUUGGUCGCCAUAAAUAUGAACCGUAUUUCAUUAUCAAAACACUUUACCCCACGCUGCAGAUCAAUGCCGAUGAUGAUCUACCAAAGAUCAUCUGCACGGGUUGCUGGCUGCAACUGCUAGAAUCCUACCGAUUUUGUAUGCGAUGCCGCACUGGAGAUGAAAAGCUGCGCAAUGAGUUCGAACCACGAACCGAACUAAUACCGCUGAUAGAGGAAUUUGUAACAUUUGUGACUGCUUCCACUCCAAAGGAAGCUGAUGACGUGGAACACGAGUUACCUGACAAAAUUGCUGAUGAAUUAAUGGAGUUACCUGCCACCGAGCCAAAGGAUCAAAACGAAAUUUUGAUCGAUCUCAUGACUCGUAGAGAUGACGAGUUGUUCGAUGAAAUAAUUGAGGAAGAACAUUUUUCUGAUGAUGAUUCCGUGUCUGGAAAAAUCGGUCCCGGUGUUGUUGCAUUGGCCUAUGAAGAUUUGUUUGUUGAAUGCGAAGAACAAGAAACUGAUGAAGUUCAUGAUAAGGUUUUUAUUGAAUUGCAAAAUGUUCCAAUUGCAGAAAUGCAAGAAGCCUAUGAGCAAAUAGACCUUAGGCCGAAUUCACUGGAAGCAUGCGCAGAAAUUUCGGAGUGUCAUCUUGAGGAACCUUCUGAAUUGCCUGAAAUAAUGAGAGAAGUGCAUACUUCUGUAGAAAUAUUACCCAUAGAAUUCAUAGAAGAGGAAUCGUCCAAUUUAGAUGAUGAAAACUUUUCGGAAGUUUUACUGCCAAAUCAAUUAAAGUCCGUUUCGCAAAGAAAAAGAUCCUUGCAGUUACCUCCUCAAGAAAUGAUUGUGGAUCAGGAGGAUUACGGAAAUUACGCCAUAGUUUACUAUACCGGAGUAUUUUGCUGUGGAUGUGAUCAAUAUUUUACAGAUUUUAAGGCACUCGAGGAUCAUUGUCGAACCUUACAUCACUCUAAAGAUUGCUUUGAUGUUUACGAUUGUGAAUUAUGCCAUAAAGCUUUCCCCAGCCUAAACCACAAAAAACGUCACCAAAGUUUGCGAUCUGUGCCAAAGUUAUUCUCAUGCUCGCUUUGCAAUUAUGUCUGUUGGGACCAGGAUGCUAUUGAUCGUCAUAUGAAAUCUGCAUUACUUCACAACAAACCAAUGCUGGAAUUCGACAAAGUAAAGGAAAUGUUUGACGAAGUGGUCGUCGACGGGAAUCUAUGCUGCGAAUGCUUUCAAAUAUUUUCCUCAGAAGAUCUAUUGGAGCAACAUUAUGAGGAUGAACAUCGUAAAGGUAGGUCACGAUUUCCAGCAAAUAAGCCAAAUUGGUGUUCGAAAUGUCACCAAAUUUUUAAAAACGAUUAUAAAUAUAACAUACAUGUUGAAAACGCAAACGUGGAUGUUCUCUAUCGCUGCAAGCAACAGUUUUGCACUUAUCGCACAGCAAGUAUAAUUUUUGCUAGAUUCCAUCUGCGCAGCAGUGAUCAUUCGGAAAUUACUCGCUCUAAAACUUGUCAAAAGAAUCUCGAAGACAAUAGCGAACAUCGCUGUUGCUUUAGGAAAUGUUUGAAAAAGUUUAAAUCUUUGCCAGCUCUAAUGAAACACGUCGACCAGGUUCAUCAGGCAAAGCAACUGGAAAAUGAAAUUCGAAGGAAAAAGUCCACUAACGUUUGCUCAAUUUGCAACUGCAAUUUCGGAACAAGAAAGGCGCUUCGAAUUCAUCGACAGGUGAAACAAAGAGAGUUUGUUUGCGAUCAUUGCGGGUUGAAAUUGGGGACAUCUUUUCAGUUGCAGAAUCACAUUGAUCAAUUGCAUCAAAAGGAAAAAGCUCGACCUGAGUUCAAAUGUGACAUAUGUCAGCGUACUUUUGUAAGUGAAAAAAAUUUACAAAGGCACAAAACGAAAGGACAUACCACCAGCGGAGGAGAGCACAUUUGCAAUGUUUGUGGGAAAAAGUUUGCCGCUAAAGAAAAUUUAUGGAUCCACUGGCGAACACACACCAGCACAGAAAAGUUUGAGUGUGAAAUAUGCAAAAAAGCGGGAAAACGAUACCUGUUUCGGGAUAUCAAGACAUUUAAGAGACACUGCAAAAUUUCCGAAAUGCACGACGGAGUUCGGAAAUACAAAUGUUCCUACGAAAAGUGUACGAACACCUACGCUCACAAACCGGAUCUUCAGCGACAUGAAUCGACGGUGCACAAGGGCGUUCGACCGUUUGUAUGCACUGUCUGCAAGAAGGGUUUCAUUCGCAACAGAGACUUGCGGUUGCAUGCGCGACGGCACACCGGAGCUAAGUUGUUCAGUUGUGAGUCUUGUCCGGCCAGCUUUAACGUCUAUCAGGAGUACAAGGACCACUGCAAAAAGAAGCAUGGGAUUUCGAUAUUGAUUAAGAAUACUUCAAAUAAUAGUGAGUAA